GAUCGUUUACCGAGACAUGAAGCCUGAGAACCUGCUACUUACAGAAGAGGGCAGGGUGAAACUGGCAGACAUGGGCAUCGCGAAAUUCAUCGGCAACCACAAGACCUACACGAUGGUCGGCACACCUGAUUAUUUGGCCCCGGAAACCAUCAGAGGUGUCGGACAAGCCUACGGGGUCGAUUGGUGGACGCUGGGAGUACUUUGUUUCGAGCUCCUCGCAGGCAGCACCCAACAUGUGCCGCGUGAAUGA